CGACCGAGUCGGGAAUCGAUUGUGCCGGAAUCGAUACAUCCGCCGCGUCGUCGAUCCGAUUCUGCUCGCGCCUCGUGUCGAGAGGGUGCAGCGCGCCGCCUCGUCCCGACUGCCGCUGCGUCGCCUGCAACUCACGGGCAACAUGUUUUGGGGUCUCACUCUGGAGCAGGGGAAAUGCUACUCCCAGGUGGUCAAGGAGUCGUUCCACAUCACCAUGGCUGCAUUGGACCCUCAGUCCGACCACGGCGCCAGCACGGUGAGCGUGCUGGUGAACGUCUGCGACGGUGGCAACUUUGUGACGUGCACCCUGCAGCAGGGUCAUUGGCAGCAGCCGCUGGACCUGGUGUUCGUGCAGGGUGAGGUGGUGACCCUGGCCUCCAGGGGUCGUGGCGUGGUCCACCUCACAGGCUACCUGUUGGGCGACGAAGGCAAGUCCAUCCUCGACACGGGCAAGCAGUGGGAGAGCAGCAGUCAAGUCUCAACCGCCAACGGAGUCAAGCGGCCAUCGAGAAGCACGAAGGUACCAUCGCUACCAGCCAAAAAACAAAAAAUUGAAACGCUGGACAGCCUGGAUGCGGACGGCAGCGACGAGGACAACGCCGAUGACAACGCCGAUGACUACGUGGAGGAGGUGGAGGAGGAGGAGGAGGAAGAAGGUAGUGAUGAGGAGGAAGAGCAGGAGGAGGAUGUGGAGUCACCGGUUGCGAAGAAAACACAGAAAGCGGAUGUCACCAGUGAAAAGGCCAAAGCUGACAAGACGCCCAAAGCAAAGGCCCCACAGGCAGCCAAGGAGGCGGCCCCAACCCUAAAGACCCCACAGCAGCAGAAGCAGCAAUUUCCCAGUCCGAAAGCGAAACCGGCCGCGGCACAGCCCCAGACACGCUCAACGACCCCGGGGCCCAAGAUGACCCUGCCAGGCGGCCUCCUGUCCCAGGAUGUGACGAUCGGCACCGGCAUACGUGCCAAGCGUGGGAAGAUGGUGACCGUCUACUACAAGGGCAUGCUCACCAGCGGCAAGGAGUUUGACUCGACCACCAGCGGGAAGGGCUUCACCUUCCGCCUCGGAGCAGGCGAGGUCAUCAAGGGCUGGGACAUGGGGAUCGAAGGGAUGAGUGUGGGAGGCAAGAGGAAGCUGUCAAUUCCCGCGCACCUCGCGUACGGGAGCAAGCGCAUGGGCCCCAUUCCGCCCAACAGCACCCUUAACUUCAGCGUGGAACUGAAGAGAGUCAGCUAAGCAUCGCGUGAAAUGGACGCGCUUGGCCAAAACACCGAUUGGGAUAAAGAAAAAGAAGCGCAACCGUGAUAAUAUAAUUAACAUUUCUGUUUUAUGGAGUUCGGGCACCGUUGUUUUUGAGUGAUGGGGGUUGCCGUAGCGGCAGUCUGUGGAACGGACGGAAUCCGACGACGUGGUUGUUAUGAAUGAUGCGUUCUGACAUGGGACAUACCGCCCCAACGCUACCCGUCCACAGACUAUUAUGCCGAAGUCGCCCCACGUACUAUGGCACACGCCAGCUGAUACCUUUCAUGUCCGUCCACUGAAUGAAGAGCCAAAAUGUACACGAAUCUUAGCGGUGCACAAUGUGAUAAUUUUAUUACACUCCCCGUGCGGAGCGAUGGACGUGUAAAUACGUCGGUCUGCCAAGCUCGGACGUCCACAAGAAAACGGGGCAUGCGCGGGGGGGGGGGGCGACCAAGCCAAAUCCCCCGGCACUGAGUGACGAGGAUUUUGCGUUUCGCCAGCUUUGUGAUUGUUCUACAAACCAGUUUUUAUUUUAUUACUGUACUCGCGUGUGCGAUUGUCACUGUGGCAGAGUUGCUGUGGUCGACCCGUACGGUUUGCUUACUGCUCCAAUGACCUCUGACCCAUCGCGGCGCCCCCCUCCCUCACGUCGUGCUCCCCACUUCAUCAACACCUGCCCCAACCUUGACCUUUAACCCCCGCCCGUCCAUGGACCACGAUGGCCACCGUGGAUUUUCAUACCGAUCUUGACUUUGUUUCGCAAUAAAGACCUGUGUUUAUUUUGUA